AUGCGUCCGGUGGCCCGCCGGGUCUUCCUUAUUCUUGCGUUCCUCAAGCUGCUAGCGUCGGGCACCUACUGCCUCCUCGUGGCCGCACUCAUGAGCUUCGCGUCGCCCUCGGACACCAUCAAGUACCAGGUCUACGCGAUGAAGACGUAUAGUUUCGGUACGUACGCGGCCUGCGGUCUUCUCCACUGGCUCGGCGCGCUGCAUAUUCUCUGCGGCCGACGACCAACGUCGUGCCGCUUGAAUUUUCUGUGCUGCCGCCUCUUUGUAUCGGCGUCGGCGCUGCCGUGGGCACUCGCGGCUCAGUUUCUCGAGACGUUGGUUCAGCUCCUGCAGGCGUACCGCCUCAGUCAGCACGCUGUCAAUUUGGACAUCGCUUUUGUUUACCCAAUGCUCGUGGGCCUCUCGACGGCCGUGAGUCCGUGGUUCUUCCUCUUCACCGACCCAUUCGUACACCGCGACCUGUGGCUGCUCUUCAAUUGCCUCCUCAGCUUUGUCUUGGCCUCGGGGCUCUACCUCGUCGCGUUCGUCCCGCCCUUGCUCUCGCUCAAAUUUGGCGACCCGCGACAGAUCUUUUCGAUGGCCUGGACCACCGAGUACACGCUACUCACCCGCUAUAUUGUACCAGUGUCGGCGAUCGACUUGGCCGAGAAAGCAGCGCUAUUUGGCCUCAGCUGGUUCAACGCCCAGCGCCUUGUGACCAACACGCACCGGCGCCAUGCAGUGGUGCCCUUACACCGGGGUCCGACCCGCGUGACCAUCCGCUCCAAACCGCGCGCGUUCCGGAUACUUUUGUGGUGUAAUUUGCUACUCGGCUCGACCAUCGUUGUCGCCGCUGUGUUCAACGUUGUGCGUGCCCCGGCGUGCCCCGAUGGUUGUCUACUAGCGACCCACCCAUGGUUUGCAGCGCAGUGCGAAUGUGCCUACUAUCACCUGCGCUGCCAACCGCCCACCGUGUCGCCUAAUUUCACGCAUCUUUUGUCGCCAGCGCGGUUGGGCACACAACUAUUUUACCUGCAUGUGACCGAGUGUCCGCUCGUUUUUGGUUUUGAUGUAUCGCAUUUGGUGCCGUUUGAGCAGCUGUUUGGACUCACGAUCGAAUUUUCCGACAUGACAACGUGGGAGCUCGACAGCGAGUGGCCAGACUCGGUGUUAGCGAUCGAAGUACGCUACAGCAACCUCUCGCACAUACCACCUGCGUUAUUAAAGCUGCCACCGGACUGCACCGUGCUCACGUUGGCUUUUGGCAACAACAUGUCGGUAUUGCCAACGACGCUUGUACCGUCGUGGCAGACCCUCUCCCGCCUCGUUCUCAACGGAAAUCAACUGACAGCGUUGCCAAGUUGGUUUAAUCAGUUGCAAGAGCUUGAGCGGAUUGUCGUAUCGAGUAAUCGAUUCAUCGAGCUCCCGGAAGCUGCCCUCGCGACGCUUCCCGUGCUAACACACUUUGAGGCAGCUCAGAAUGCGCUUGUGGCGUUUCCAAAAACACUUCUCGCGGCCCACCAAGUCGCAUUCGUCGAUGUCAGCAACAACCCGAUCGCAGAGACGCCAACCAGCGACGUGUUGGGUGCGAUCGCGGCGCGCCGGGUUUUAGCGGAUGGAACGCCGGUGUGCACCGGGGCGCGACCUCUUGAAGGAUGCCAGGAAGUGUGCGCCGACUCGUGCUCCAACUUUGAGCGUGGCGACCGCAUUUGCCAAGCCAACUGCCUCCAUGAAGCAUGCGACUGGGAUGCAACGGACUGCGCCAACGGCGGCUCCCAAUAACGAACGCAAAGUGGACUCGUUCUUGUGUCAAA